AAAAAGAUUCGGUGUAAAUUCAAUGCUGUAUACUUCGGGCAAUACCAACACUGAGUAACGCAUCAUCAUCCAUGUGCAUUCUUUAUAUCAGGAGCUGGGAAACGCGUUAUCGCACAAUCUACAGAAGUUACGUGCUAAUGUCGUUGAGUGAAAGCAGACGUCACAUGUGACACGUGAACAUCGAGCCCAUUGUUCACCGCUUGGCGUCGCAGUUCGGAAACUGGGCUCGGCCACUGCAGGCAAGUGUGGAAAUAUCUUUGCGGCGGCCGCUCGCAUUCUGUCAGCGUCAAAAGUAACUCGCAGCCCGCUUUGCAGUUUCACGCGCUUCUAGACAUGAAAGAGCUUCUCUCGGUGAAGUUUCUCGUGAAAUAUUGGUCCCAAACAUAGGCCGUGCUGUUUCUUAGAAGCAUCCGCGAAUGGCCGACGAGAACGCAACCGCCUUCGGCUCUCCGGCGCCCGAAACCACCGGAACCGAGAAUACAAGCCUUGCUAGUGCUGAGGCACUUCCAGUCAUCGCCGAAGAAAAUGUAAGGAACCCAGAAGGCGCCUGGGAACUGCCGCUGGGGCAACAUGGGAACCAGGCUGCUAACACAACCCUCGUAUGCUUUCAGUGCCGCAUUGCUUUCGAUUGCGAGGAAGAUUUUCACGAUCAUAUGAUCAACCACGUGACUGGUAGGAUCCCUGAAGGUGCAAGGGAACUGCCGCUGGGCCAACAAAAGAACCAGGCUGCUGACACCAACCUCGUGUGCUUUAAGUGCGGGAUUGCUUUCAAUUCCUCGGAAGCCUUCCAAGAUCACAUGACCAACCACAUGAUCGGGAUGCCAGCCCGUACACAGAAAACCGAAGCGGAGUGCGAGGGGGACUACGCCGGCAGCUCGUCAAACACAUGUGGCGCGUGUGGGAAGGUUUUCACCGGGCAGUGGAGCCUGCAGAGACACUUGCUGACGCACACGGGUGAGAGACCGCAUCCGUGCCCGGCUUGCCCCAGGGAAUUCAGGCAGAAGCACCACCUGGAGGAACAUCUGCGAACGCAUACGGGCGAGAAACCGUUCAAGUGUCAUUUGUGUUCCCGUGCUUUCGCUCACAAGUCCUCGCUGGACGCGCACGUGAAGGCGCACACCGGCGAGAGGCCCCACGAGUGUCCUCUCUGCGCCCGCCGAUUUAUUCGAAAACAUCACCUCACUCGGCAUAUGGGAACGCCCGGAUGCAAACAGUGACGUCAUCGCUUAUGGUUCGGCAAUGAAACGGGCUAGAAAACGCAACCUCUGUGAAACGAACGCUUCUGUGCACUGUUUACCGCACUCGGAUGCGCAGUGAAUGAAGCGCCGUUUGCAGUUGUGGUAGUGAUCUCGAAGCACACAGUACGCAGCUUAGCCGAUGUGAUCAGUGAGACGUCGUGUGUGAGUGCUGCGACCAGUUCUCUCGUCAAGGAAUCCUUCUGCGUUAUAUUCGCGGGAACACACUGCAGAGAAGCCGCCAGCCUACCCUAUGUGGCAGCAGCUUUUUCUAAUAAUGUAGCGAAGAUAAACACCUAUGACAUGGGUAGACAGGCGUGAAAGUGUGGAAAUACGAGCGCCCAAUAUUUCUUUACUUUUGGUUUUCAAGUAUGUAUGCCUAUUCACCUUAAAUGCGAGACUGGAUAUCUGUACGAUUUUUAGUAAACACGUAAAGUGCUUUUCACCUUAGGGAAAUUUAUUAUUCAUAGUGUUUUUAGUCUCGUACGUGGCCUGUCUCGCUUAGGUUGAAUAAAGGUGCAGGGCGUCUCCCUAUGUGCCACGAUUGAGUUCCCUAAUUUCACUAGCUCCGGUAUAUUCUACUCGAUUUAGUGUAUCGCCAGCAAUGUUCUGGGACUUCAUACAUAACAUAAAACUGUUGUGCACUUCGGAA